AUGAGAACACCAGUUGUCGCGUUAAUCGCCCUUCACGCUCUUCUGGCGCAAGGCAAGUUAAACUCGUAUUCCACCGUCGCCUUUCCUCCGGCUGUCCGAAGAGCACUCCCCAAUUCGCCGAAUGGAUAUGCACCCACCCCGGUAACAUGUCCUAGCGGUCAACAACCGGUCGUUCGCGAUGCGUCUUCGCUAUCACCAAACGAGACGGCAUGGCUGGAGAGGCGAAGAGCCAAUACCGUGGAACCCAUGCGGGAUCUUCUCAACAGACUUGAAAUCGAAGGAUUUGAUGUCAACACUUUCCUUGACGGAAAUGCGAACAACAUAUCAGCCCUACCAAAUAUCGCAAUUGCCUUCUCAGGCGGCGGCUACAGGGCUCUGCUGAACGGCGCAGGUGUCAUGGCCGCCUUUGACAGUCGCACGGAGAAUGCGACAGCUCCAGGACACAUAGGAGGCUUGCUGCAGUCAGCCACCUACGUGGCGGGUCUGAGCGGUGGCGGCUGGCUCACCGGCUCAAUCUUCGUCAAUAAUUUCACCACGGUAACUGCAUUGCGCGACGACACAUCAGCGACGGUAUGGAACUUUAACAGUUCAAUCCUUGAGGGUCCGGAACAAGAAGGCAUCCAGGUUCUCAACACGGCAGAAUAUUAUCAGGAUAUUCUGGACAAAGUAUCCGGCAAGGAGGAUGCUGGAUUUGAGACAACACUGACGGACUACUGGGGCCGCGCUCUCGCCUUCCAACUGGUCAAUGCCACUGAAGGCGGCCCAGCCUAUACAUGGUCAUCGAUUGGUUUGAUGGACGACUUCCAGAGUGGGAGUUAUCCCAUGCCCAUCAUCUUAGCUGACGAACGAGCUCCGGGUGAGACUCUGAUCCCGCGAAACACGACCGUGUUCGAGUUCAACCCGUUUGAGAUGGGUUCCUGGGACCCUACCACAUUCGGGUUUGUCAAUAUGCAGUAUCUUGGGUCCAACUUCAGCGGCGGUGUUGUCACCAACGAUGCUGCGUGCGUGGUAGGGUUCGACAACGUGGGAUUCAUCAUGGGCACUUCUUCCUCGCUCUUUAACACCAUCGUCGCCCUAGCUGACUCGCCCGACCUUCCCCAACCCGUCCGAGACGUCCUCGCUCAGGCUUUGACCAGCGGGGGUUCCGAGAAUGAAGAUAUUGCCGACUAUCCGAAUCCUUUCUUCGGAUACAACAACGCUACCAACCCGUCAGCCAACUCAAGCACUCUGACCCUUGUAGAUGGUGGUCUCGAUUUCCAAAAUAUCCCACUUCACCCAGUCAUCCAACCAGACCGAAAUGUGGAUGUCAUCUUCGCUGUCGACUCCUCGGCAGACACGUCGUUCAACUACCCCAACGGCACCGCCCUCGUCGCAACCUACGAACGCAGUCAAUCCGACAUCUCCAACGGAACCGCAUUCCCCUCCAUUCCGGACGUCAACACAAUGGUGAACCUCAAUCUCAAUCAGCGACCCACCUUCUUCGGCUGCAACUCCAGCAACAUCACCAGCGACAACCCCGUCCCACUCAUCGUCUACAUCCCGCUCAGCCCCUACGUCCUAUUCAGCAACGUCAGCACCUUCGAUCCCUUGGCAUUCAACGACACCUUUCGAAACGCCAUCAUCGAAAACGGGUAUGACGUUGCGACCAUGGGCAACGGCACCGUUGAUGCGCAGUGGCCCACUUGUGUGGGAUGCGCUGUCUUGAGCCGCAGUCUGGAGAGGACGGGGACACCGGUUCCUCAGGUGUGUGUCGAGUGUUUCCAAGCGUUCUGCUGGGAUGGCACGCUCAACUCGACGGUGCCGGCGACUUACGAACCCACCUUGAGACUUGGUUCGCUUAACAGACCAAGCAGUGCUGCUUCGGGGACCAGGUGGCCCAACUCAUUGCUACUUGCCACUUUAGCCACCACAGUAGCGUUGUUGGCUAUGUUAUAG